AUGUUUCGCUGUGUUCUAACUUUGGUAGCGGCCGCGACCGCCUUCGCGCAAUCAGAAUCAAAUUUUGAAGUAGGUCUGAAAACGCUGGUGCUAACAUCCGAUGAUUAUUCUUUUGUUUUGCCGGAGCUCAUAUUGAAAGCGUACGGUAGUGACUAUGAGGUGGUUAGUGUGACUGAAGAGGUACUAGUAGUCGUGGAUGGAGUGGAGGAGGCGAAUCGUACGAUAGUUCCGGAUGCUGUACAGUUGUUUGACAGCACAGGUGCACCUAAGUACAAUUCAAUCGUGUACUCAUCCUCUAAUUUGGGAUAUUCUUCGCUGGAGGCCUGGAUUCCGUCCGGUCUAUCAUUCGAGCAACGAACUAUGCUGGACAAUUACUGUAGUCGAUUCGGUGUACGACGUGUGAUGUUGAAUAGUCAACCUGCCGAUGUUGGUGAUCCAGCUUUAACGGCCGCUCCGAGUGUGCCGUGGGGAAAGUUAGGGGAUGCAAACACUCGCGUGCAACUUCGCAGUAGUGCCGAGUCAUAUCGCGGAAUGUUAAAAAGUGACCUUGACAUGGUUUUGGGUGGAGAACACGAGUUCGCACAAAAUUGGGUCUGGAUCAGCCCAGGUGUAUUUGAUGCACAGAGACCGUCGAAUACAACUAUCCUGCUCGAUCUAGACUACUCUGAUGGGUAUAGUGUAAGCACGGGGGUAGGUGCAGCUGUCGCCAAUGAUGUGAUGUACUUUUUCUUCGCUGCCGAUAGUUAUGGACUAUCUGGGCAAACUUUGGGUCAUCUCUGGUUCCCCUGGGUGACUAAAGGUUUAUUUGUAGGUCAAAGACGUAUCAUACUGGAUACUCAGAUCGAUGACUUGUACUUAGACACGAUGGUAUAUAACACCACACUUAACCGUCAAGCGACUGACGAUGAGUUUGAGCCGAUCUUUGGAUACCGCACCACUGGUCCGGAUAUCAACUUUCAUGCGAAAAUCCGUAACAAGAUGCGAAAGACAAUGCCGACAGGAACAAAUUUCACCAUUCAGCUCGCUUACAAUGGCAAGGGAUAUGGCGAAUUCGCUAAUGUCCCAGAAUAUUCACCUAAUGCGAAUACACGCCUACUUCGUCGGUUCAAUCAGUUUCUGUGGCUGACGCACACUUGGAAUCACAUCGAUAUGUACUGUGUCAACUCCAAUUGUGCCGAUCCUGCCCUCCCUGUACCCACAGUGCCAGCCUACACCGUAGGUGCAGAUGGCAAGCGUACGUACAUUGAGCCAGAAUAUCCCACCUCGGGAUACACCCCACGCGACUUACUUCACUACGAACUCGACCGCAACAACUACUUCGCGAACGAUGUUUUGGAAAUCGAUACGGAUGCCAAACGUGCGAAAAGGUAUUCCCAAUCAUCCAUCGUAACUCCUAGGAUUUCUGGUCUGAAUUACACUGUAGCCAUCGAAGCCAUGCUUCACGCGGGGCACUUCACUGCCGUGGGGGAUAAUAGCAGAAUUGAUCUCGAGCCAGACAAUCCCUACCAUCCAUUCAUGGCUAAGGCAAAGGUGGGUGAAAAUGGAGUGCUACUUUCGGAUGCCGACAGAGAGGCUUUCGAGUCACGCAUGAUGUCCGAAUACGGUAGAAAAUCGGUGAUGAUCAUCCCAAGAUUUUCGACACGGGUAUACUUUGAUGUCAGUACUCCGCUGCAGAAUGCAAUGGAGCACAAUUCUUUCUACGGCCCUGACUGCUAUGGCUGGGAUCAGUGGGAGACUCCCACAGCUGGCGGAUUCAAGUGCAAUGCCGGCACCUUCAAAAAUCUUACUUUCGAUGAGAUCAUGGAGAUCGAGGGCUUCGAGGCUGCUCGCAAUCUUCUCUCUCUGAGAGCGGACCCCUACAUGUUCCAUCAGGCAAAUUUGCGAGUACUUACCGAGGAUGGAGUUGAGAACUCUUUGCUCAACAAGUGGAUAUCCGCGGCACUCCGGUGGGUGCGAUCCUACACGGAAUUCCCUAUCAAGACAUACAAGAUGGACGAUUUAGCUGAUGUGUACAAUGGACGAAUGAAACGAGACCAAUGCGGGGUUGAGGCAAAGGUAUCAUACAAAGUGGGACAACCUAAAGGUGUGACGCUCUCGAAGGCUGAAUCUAGCGAGGGGUGUGUGUACAAAGUUACGCACACCACUGUCGACGGGUCUGCCCCCUUUGUUCCUAGAGGGAGUGACAUCUCGGGUAGGUCAAGAUACGGCAAAGACAUAACAUAUGACGUGACUUUUAGUGAGAUUGCCAUGACGAAAGAUCUGAAGUUCAAAACAGUGGUUGCUGUUAGAGACUAACUCUAAGUCA